CGUCACGGCAAGUAUUUGUAUCAAACAAAAGCUACAGCGCAACUGAAGUGAAUUUUUCAAAGUUUCCAAGCGAGUUCGAGGCGUGUUUAGUGAAAUAAAACAACAAAGAUGUCUCUAAUACCCUAUUUAUUGGAUUAUGAAGUAGCUUCAAGACCAAGGGCAAGAAGCCUACGGGACCACCUCUUGGGGCUUGAUUUGGAGCCGGAAGAUUUCAUGCUGACGGAUAUUUUCGACCGGCCGGCUCGGAAAUAUUUGCGUCCCUGGAGAAACUUGUCAUCCUUAGCGCGAGACGUCGGUUCUACAAUCAAAACGGAUAAGGAUAAAUUCCAAGUCAAUUUAGACGUGCAACACUUCGCCCCCGAAGAAAUCACAGUGAAAGUUAGUGAUAAUUACAUUGUUGUUGAAGGGAAACACGAAGAAAAGAAGGACGAACAUGGUUUCGUGUCUCGGCAGUUCAAACGUCGGUACACGUUGCCGGAAGACUGCAAGGCUGACGCUGUGGAGUCCAAGCUUUCUUCUGAUGGCGUUUUGACGAUUACAGCGCCUAAAUUAUUAUCCUUAGAAAAGGGGGAGAGAUUGGUGCCUAUAUCUCAAACCGGACCAGUGCGAAGGAAAAUUCAGGAUUCUGACACAGUGGACCAGCAAGAGCAAAACGGCGAACCAGAGGAACAUGUAAAAUCCCCUCAGAAGAAGAGGAAACGAUAAAUAACUCCUGUAUAAUUUACGGUCUAGAUAUUAGGUAAUGCCAAUAUUUCGUCUAGUUUUUUUAUUCUUUUGUAUUAAGACCACCAGUGUACCUAAGUACAAUUGUUUAAGACUGAAUUGUUUUUUAAUAAGUUCAUGAAAGUAAUAGUUUUUAAUGAUGAAUAUGGAUGAAUGAUUUUAGUAGGUAAUAAAGUGAUUCCUUUUGUAUAA